AUGGGUGAAAGCUGGGUGAUACACCCAUUGAGUACCGUAAGGCAUUACCAUCUUAUGUUUAUGGUGGCCUUGACAUUCGUGAACCUCAUAACAAUUCCUCUGGAAAUGGCAUUUUCCGAAGACAUGCAUGAUGUUGCCCACAAAUGCUGGCUGUCAUUUAAUGUGUUUUCAGACAUUGUUUUCUGUUUUGAUGUUGGCCUCAAUUUUCGGAUUGGUUUUUUGGAUGGUCAGGUGCCCAUCCUUGAUCCAAAACAUAUCCGAAAGGAUUACUUGAGUACUUGGUUCUUUCCAGAUGUGAUUGCUGCUUUUCCUGUGGACAUUAUCAUUGUUAUUUUGGAGCAACAUUAUCAUGCGGAUGCAAGUUCGCUGAUAGCUUCGAAGAUGUUGCGGGUGCUUAUGUUUGUGAGGGUUCUGGGUCUGAUUCGUCUUCUCCGUGUACCGAGGCUGCUGAGAUUCUGCUCUCAAUUGGAAGGUGUCUCGGAUAUUCAACUUAGGAGAUCAUUCAGAUAUGUAUUUGUUAUCCUGAUGAUAUUUCUUAUUUGGCACUGGAAUGGAUGUAUCCAAUACUUCCUUUCUGCAGUGGCAGAGUUUCCCCCAGACUGCUGGGUCAUGAGAGAGAAUCUCAUGAAUACCUCAGUUGGGGUAAAAUACUCAUUUGGUUUGUGCAGAGCUCUCUCUCAAAUGACCUUGAUGUCAGCUGACCCACCAACACGUAUGGAGGAAUGGUGGAAUGCUAUGAUUAGUAGGGUGAUUGGAUUUUUAAUUUUGAUUGCUCUACUUGCCUUCAUAAUCAUAACAUUUGGUAACGCUCAUAAGAAAAAGAAAAAAAUGCUGAAAUCUUCUGAAAUCUUCAGACUGCUGCCUAGGGCCUUGCGCCAACGCAUUACUCAGCAUUACCAGUGGCAAUUCGAAAACAACAUCCUUGACACAGUGUCAAAACCACUGAAAAAGGAUAUUAUGGCAGCCGUCUGUUCUAACUUGCUGACAAAAGGAUCCCUGCUCAAAAACUGUGAUACAAAUUUCAUCGAAGCCAUCUUGAUGAAGUUAGAGUGUGAAUUCUUCCAGCCAGGUGACAUCAUCAUUCGUCAGAAUGCUCAGGCUGACCGCAUGUAUUUUAUUGAGUUUGGACGGGUGCUGCUGAAGACUGACUUCAAGACUGAGGUGCUGUGUGAUGGAGACUACUUUGGAGAUAUUGGUGUACUUCUCAGAGGAGAGCAGAUAGCAACCGUUCAUGCUGUGACCGGCUGCAGGCUUUUCUCCUUGUCUGUUGACAAACUUCAGGAGAUUGAAGAGGAGUUCCCAGAAGAAAUCAAUAUUCUGAGAGUAGCAGCUCAACAGCGUAAAAAUGAUCUAGAGCAUAAGGGGCUGUUCACACAGAACACGUUCUUGCUUCGGGACUGCUAG